ACCCCAGAAAAUUCCCCUAAAGCAUCUGAGGUUUAAGGUGUUCUCAUAGAGCUGCUUGGUCACAAGGUUAACCUUUUCUUUCUCUAUUGAAAGAAUGGAUCUUGCAUUGAGUAUGUUUAUUGUUAUUUGCUAUGCUUUUUCAUGUAGCAGAGUCACAGAGUCCAAUCUUUCGUUGUUUAACUUUUAUGUAGUCUGCGGGAGCAUGUUCUCAACUUCUUUUUGGGUCACUCUUGGAAAUAAACUACCUUAUAGUCUAUAAAGCUAGAAGACAAUUGAAUCUUUGACCGUUAUUAUAGUUUUCCCUUGAUAUGGGAUCUCCGUGGAAUUGCAAAAUUGCAUAGCAUUAUGGACAAUUUAUGUCAAAAGUCAUUCCCCAAUUUCUGUACCAUGUUAAUCUAUUCCAUUUCCUGAUAGUAGUAGGUAUUUGAAGGUUGGAAUGGAUGUUUGUGUCGUGCGUAGGAUUGAGUAACUUGAAUUUCACCAUGUGAAUAAGUUAUGUGUUUUAUCUGAGCCUUAAGAAAUCUUCAGCUGUAGUUUCCUCUUAAUUUGAUUAGAUGAAAUGAUCUCCUCCUUUUCCUUCUUUGAGUGCAGUGGACACUUAAUUUCCUUUGUUUCCUUGAUCAGUCCUCUUUUGGCUAAGUUGUUCCUCGUUGGUAGUCUGUCAAUAACCAUUCUAAAUGCUA